AAUCAUUAAUGAAAAUGUCGAGUGUUGGUUGCUAUUGUUUUUCUGAUAAAUAAAUAAAACGAAAAUGCAGGAUUUCACAAGUAUAUUGAAUAUCAUCUUUAUUAUAAGUGGUGGAGUGCUAACCUUUGUUAUUCUUUUUAUAUUCGCUAAAAGGCAAAUCACAAGAUUUGCGUUGAGGUCACGAAGAGGUCCACACGUUCCCAUAGGAGCGGAUGCUAAAAAAUGUCUUAAGAAAGAAAUUGAGAGACGCAUUGAAGCUGUACCUCGCAUAAUGCACGAACCUAGGCUACUAAGUGCUGAGCCAUCUCAUUACAUUUUGGAACCUCAACAGCCAUAUCAUUAUCGAUUUAGAGCUGUCGAUGAUGUAAAAACACUUGAAGAUGAAAUAGCUGACCAAGAGCCUGGGUUGCGGCGGCAUCCUCGGGAGUCUUUACGGGCUUUUCUCCUAUCUUCAUUAGCAGCACCACUUGAUGGCAAUGGACAGAAACUUGUUCAUCAAUUUUGUGACACAUAUGAGUAUGCGAGGCAUCAUCCUGGGGAGUUCGGUGAAGAUGAAUACCAGGCUUACAGUAGAUUGCUGCUCAAGCUCUUAGAUGCUGCUCGCCUGUUGAAGAGCGUGGGCGCGUGCGUACGCGGGUCUCCUCGCGCGAGUCCCGGGCGGCGGCCGCGGCUGUUAGACGCGGCGCGGCUGCGGCCCGGCGCACUCGCCGCUCUACCCGGCGCUCAUAAACUGCCUACCGUGCAUAGACAUUACACCGCGCUAGAGAACAUGCCUAUCGAGUCUAAACUGGAAGAGGAGGUGAUCAGAGUCCCCGUUAAGAGUCCCGAGACGAAGCCCCCCGCGGACGAGACGGCCGUGUGACCGCGCCCGCCGGGACCGCCCGGCGUCUCGUAUAUAUCCACGUACGCGUCAUUAUAAGACCGUGAAAACAUAGAAUCACUAUAAGACCGCGAAAACAUAUAGUCAUUAUAAGAACGCGCGAAGAUACAAUCACUAUAAGACCGCGAAAAUAUCGCGUCGUUAUAAGACCCUGAAUAAACGUACCACUAUAAGACCGCAAGAAUCUUUUGCGUAUUACUGAAAUACUAUUCAGUUAACAGCAAAAUAAAGUUAUACAAAUUUCAAGCAACUUUCAUCCUUAAUAUCUUGUUAAUUAAGUUUCUUUAGUGUGGAAAGCUGGCAUUAUUACUUUAAUCCACAAUGAAGAUUACUCUAGUUAUUAACUUGAUUAUGUUUACAUUUUGUCUUUAUAUUUAAUGAAAAUAAGUUCUUACAUAUACUUAUACAUAUAUAUCAAAUUUAUUUAAAAUAGGCGUCAUUAGAGUUUUAUAUAACCUGACAUGCUAUUGACUGUACAUACAGCAGCAAAUCAAUUUACAACAAAAUUUCAACAUUUCCACAAAUAAUUUGAACAUAAUUGUCAACAUAAUCAGUUUUAAGUGAUUGGUGAAAUUUUGCAUGAGCCAUUGCCCCACUUCUGUAUUAUCUUUGGACUUAUCAUGUAUAAAAAUUUCGCCUUAGGCGCUUCUUACAAUUGACAACUGGCGUCCUAGAUGAUUACGUAACACCGCACUACAGCAUUAGAAGUUCAAUCAAAUAAAUCAGUCUUCAAAAGGUUAUAAAACUUUUACUCGAUGGAACCUCUAAUACUGUGACAGCGCUGUGUUCGACGCUGUAUUUUUUUACAGAAGACCAAAGCAGAACUGUUUUUUUUUCACUCUCGUCCAAACAUACUGUAUCUGUGAUAAGAUCACCCGCUGCUUAUGCUGCUAUUUAUCUAGUCUUAAAUUUAUUUGUGAAUAUUGUGUAUAUAAAUAAUUGUAAUUAACUUAGUCAUAAUUAAAAAUUGUGUAAGAAAUAUUUAUAAUACGAUAUAUGUAUCAGCAGUACUGGUUAUCAAUAAAAUUAUUGUAAUUCGUCGUUGAAAUAGAUGUUUUGCGCAAAAGAAGACUCGUUGAAAUAGAUUUCUUGCGCAAAAGAAGACUCACCAUGCACCAUUUGAGUUACUUACUGUUAUUCGAUGAGACCUUAGUUCGAUUCCCAGCCUUGACAGUAUAGAAUACCUACAAUAUUCUACAAUAGCACCAUCACCGAACAGGAAAAAUUUCGUACUCGUCUCGUACAUUUAAGGUUCAUAUUACUUUAUCGUAAUUGGCUAGAUGCAUCUGUGCAAGCGCAAUAACUAUAUAUUUAUACAUGAGUGACAGAUAUAUGUACGGUCAUUGUACGAAAUUAUUUCUGUUCGACCACAGCGCUAUACCAAAGUGAUUUUAAAGUUAAAAUAGUGUAAUUUAAACACCCUGAAUAUUUUUAUUGUAACAUAAAUAGGUACCUACAUAUUAUAUUUAUUCAUAGUAAUAUAAGAUGUAUUGGAAAAUUAAAACAGCAUU